UUCUUUGGACCAUUUUAUCUUUCGGAUAGAAUGGGUGGUUACUGUGUCGGCCAUGUUUGUUGAAAUUGACAACCAAAUUUGUUACUUCUUCUUGUGCACUUUCAUAUCAUGUUGACCGAUAGAGAAGCCCAACACAUUGUAUUUCAGUCGGAAUUGAGUGAAAAUCUGAAUGUAUUGAGUAAAAAGUUGGCAUGUGCCCCAAAGUUACUCCGCCAGGAGCUGAUACACACCAAAGGAGGCGGAGAUGAGAGAAGGGUGUCAGCAGCCAUUGAAAUACAGCGGGUCUGGCGGGGUUAUUUAGCAAGAUCCAAUCUGUUUGAGAAAGUCCAGCCGGGGACAAGCAAAACUGCUGUAUACAGUGGCAGUAAACAUGCCAUCGUGCGACAGGAUGACUUCAGAGGCCUUACCCAGAGUGCUAAGAAGCCAGGCCGCGUACGUUUGGAGAACUAUUACCAAGAGUUCAGAAGUCAUCUUUUGAGUCUUCCAGACAGACCCACAAUCAUACCCAGCUUUAAAGACUUUUGUGCCACAUACAUCCAAGACUGGUGGCGGGACAUACGAAUGGCGCGUCGUCAACUCCAACAGGAGCGUAGGCAGCUGAUCAUAGAGCAACAGUAUCAGCAGCAGCAACAGCAGCAACAAGCAGAGCGGACAGAGCCCAGAGUUAAAUCUGAGGUUGUGAUACCUAAGAGGAUCUCGCGGCCAUUAAGUCUUCAGGAGGCAGCCUCCAAGAUACAGAAGGCCUGGAGAAGACAUAUAGACAUUCAGGUGUAUCGUUACUACCGAGAUCUGAUCAACUUCAAAUCCCGUGGCAACCCGUCCCUCAUGUUGCGAUGUAUUAACCCCCAGGAGGCUAAGAUGCUGGACGCUGCCUCGGGCAUACACGUGAAAUUCAGGCUAGCAGGAGAACGAUUUCCACCAAAUAUUUACUACAAAAUCUAUACCCAUCGGCCUAUACAAGACCUGUGUGCUAAUAGCCCUAAAGAUUACACAAGUCCAGGUGUGAAACUGAAAAUGGCCAAAGACCAGCAUAACAGAGGGCGACUGGAGGUCAAUACCAAAGAUACAACCGGUUGGUACCAGCGUAUGGACAAUAACGGUUGGCGUCUGGUGUCGGACCGUCUGAUCCACCACAUCAUGGCAGACCCCGUCACCUGGGAGACGUCACACAAGAAGUACCAGUACCAUCACGAUAAGCUAGUCAGAAAACAAGAUGUGGAGAAGCGAAAGAAGAAAAAGAAAAUUGACUGGAUGAAGAAAAUGUACAAGGACGGCAUGUUGAAGGCCAAGUCUGAUGACAAGGAGACUAUACAGCUUAUAGAGGGCGCCGCAGCAGGUAUGGUUGCCACUGUGGAGAACUAUGGCCCAGAUGCACUGGAAGACUGGGAGGUGGAUGAGUUACUGGAUUGGACCACAAGUCUUAACUUUGAUGACUACCAGAGUGGAUGGAAGGAACUGGCCACAAGUGCACACUCAGAGAAACAAAUCGGUUUCUUCCAGCGAUCGUACACUGUGGUCACAGAGGACAAGCUGAGAUUGCUGACGAGCACUGCAGACCCGUACGAGUUUUCUCUGUCUGGUGCAUCCCGGUACCAGUCCACACAGCAGUCUCGGAACACUCCGGUUUCCAGCAUCAGCAGCACUGGUGCCCGGCUUCAGCCUGUCAGCUGAUAAGGGACAUUUAAUGGAAAAUAUUGCUGGGAACCAAUCUUUAUAUUUUGUGUGUCUCCAUGAGAGAUAUCAGUCAUGUUUUUAGCUCACAACGUGCUCAUGGUGAGCUUUUGUGAUCGCCUUUUUCCGUCGUCCGUUGUGCAUUGUGCGGCGUCAACAUUUGCCUUGUUAACUCUCUAAAGGGCACAUUUAUUGUCCAAUCUUCAUGAAAUUUUGUCAGAAGAUUGGUCUCAAUGAUAUCUUGGAUGAGUUCGAAAAUGGAAACGUUUGCUUGAAAAACAUGGCUGCCAAGGGGCGGGGCAUUUUUCUUAAUAUGGCUAUAUAUGGCUAUAGUAAAAUCUUGUUAACACUCUAGAGGCCACAUUUAUUGUUUGAUCUUCAUGAAACUAGGUCAGAAGACCCAUCCCAAUAAUAUCUUGGAUUAGUUUGAAAAUGAUGCUGGUUGGUUGAAAAACAUGGCCACCAGGGGCGGGGCAUUUUUCCUUAUAUGGCAAUAGUAAAACUUGGUAACACUCUAGAGGCCACAUUUAUUUUCCGAUCUUCAUGAAACUUGCUCAGAAGAUUUGUCCAAAUGAUAUCUUGGAUGAGUUCAAAAAUGGUAACAUUUGCUUGAAAAACAUGGCUGCCAAGGGGCGGGGCAUUUUUCCUUAUAUGGCUAUAUAUGGCUGUAAUAAAAUCUUGUUAACAUUCUAGAGGCCACAUUUAUUGUCCAAUCUUCAUGAAACUUGGUCAGAAGAUUUAUCUCAAUAAUAUCUUGGACGAGUUCGAAAAUGAUGCUGGUUGGUUGAAAAACAUGGCCACCAGGGGGCAGGGCAUUUUUCCUUAUAUGGCUAUAGUAAAACCUUGUUUACACUCUAGAGGCCACAUUUAUUGUCCAAUCUUUAUGAAAUUUGGUCAGAAGAUUUGUCUUAUUGAUAUUUUGGAUGAGUUCGAAAAUGGCUACGUUUGAUUGAAAAACAUGGCUGCCAAGGGGCGGGGCAUUUUCCUUAUAUGGCUAUAGUAAAAUCUUGUUAACACUCUAGAGGCCACAUUUGUAGUCCGAUCUUCAUAAAACUCGGUCAGAAGAUUCAUCCCAAUAAUAUCUUGGACGAGUUUAAAAAUGAUGCCGGUUGGUUGAAAAACAUGGCCACCACAGGGGCGGGGCAUUUUUCCUUAUAUGGCUAUAGUAAAAACUUGUUAACACUCUAGAGGUCACAUUUAUUUUCCGAUCAUCAUGAAACUUAAUAAGAAGAUUUGUCCCAAUGAUAUCUUCGAUGAGUUCGAAAAUGGUUUUGUUGGUUGCUUUAAAAACAUGGCCACCAGGGGGCGGGGCAUUUUUCCUUAUUUUAUAUGGCAAUAUAUGGCUAUAGGAAAACCUUGUUAACACUCUAGAAGCCACAUUUAUUGUCCAGUCUUCAUGAAAUUUGGUCAGAAGAUUGUUCUCAAUGAUAUCUUGGAUUAGUUUGAAAAUAAUUAUGUUUGCUUGAAAAACAUGGCUUCCAAGGGGCGGGGCAAUUUUCCUUACAUGGCUAUAGUAAAAUCUUGUUAACACUCUAGAGGCCACAUUUACUGUCCGAUGUUCAUGAAACUUGCUCAGAAGAUUUGUCCCAAUGAUAUCUUGGACGAGUUCAAAAAUGAUGCCGGGUUGGUUGAAAAACAUAGCUGCCAGAGGGCGGGGCAUUUUUCCUUAUAUUGCUAUAGUUAAACUUUGUUAACACUCUAGAGGCCACAUUUAUUUUCCGAUCUUCAUGAAACUUGGUCAGAAGAUUUGUCCCAAUAAUAUCUUGUUAUCUCAGGUGAGCGACUUUGGGCCUUUCAGGCCCAUUUGUUUUGUGAUUUUGCUCCCGAAAGAAAAUCAGCUGGAGGACCAAUCAUUAUAUUUGGUGUGCCAUUUUGAAAUCCAAUUUGAAACUGUGAAAUGAUCCUUUCAUUAAUUUAUAUCGAAAUGGAGUUAAUCUAAGUUAAUGUUUUUCCCCCUUCGCACAGCCGUUAGUCAGUCACAAUUUUUUCCAUAACAAUUUUCAUUUUCUCCAUGCCUUCUAUUAUCUUUUAGGGGUUUCAUCAAACUUGCCUCAACGUGUGUGGCAUAGAAAGCAAUGUGCAGAAGGCAUGAGUCACUUUAGGUCAAGUCAAGGUCACAAUUAAAUUUCAAAUGUCCCAUUUUUGUUUCCGCUGCAUAAUUCUCUUUGAAGGAUGUUCGUAAAACUUGGCAAAGUUAAUUAAACAGAUGUGUAAAAGGCUUGAGUAGUAAUGCUUACUCAAGAUAUAUGUCAUACUUAAAGGUCAAAGUUCGAUCUUCCUUUUUUGUGUCCAGUCAACGACGAGUUUUGGCAAAAUUAUGGACCUUUGUUUGUUUGUCCACCGUAGAACAUAAAUCAACUUAAAAUGUUGUGUUUUAAAUCCCUCCUUAACUUCUGGGUGCAUUUCCCUCGUAUUUCCACAGUUUAAUGACCUCAAAAAGUGUAUUUGAUUGUAAAGAACGGAAUUUUGAUUGCGACCAAUCAUAAUUUCGGCUAAAUUACGGCCCUUUGUGUGUUUGUCAACUGUAGAAUAUAUAUAGAGGAUUGGUCUAAGUCAAACAAGUGUUGUAUGGGCAUCAGCGUAUGUGAGACAUGUAUAGUUGAAGUAUGUAGAGAUAUGGCAUGGGUCUUAAUAACAGGUGUUAAUGUUUAGAAUUGUGGCAUAUAAAAUGCAGCUUGGUUUAAAAUAAUCAUGAGUGAGUUUUUGUUAUAUCAGUACAUAGACUGAUACAAACUGUUUGUAUAGGACCCUGAUCAGUAAGAAGAUUACGUUGUAUGUUGUUCUUUCCCAAUCAUUAACGUUAAUUCAAUUAUGGGUUUCUUUAUUCUAAACUGAAUUUAUAAAAGGUUUAAUGUUAGUUUUACUUCUUAAUGUAUACGGGUAGCACCGCGUAUUCAGGGUGCAGAAUCAACGGCGUUUUCAGGUAUUAACACAAGUGCUGGAUGUGUGUAAGAAUGUAAAAACACCGUUAAGAACUUUAUUUUUGUAAAAAUCUCAAGUUAUUGAAAGACUUUCAAAACUCUUCGGUGCAUAAAAGACAGUUUUUAUUGCAGUUUAUGCCGAUAUCUUCAGGUAUAAGAAUGAAUCAUUGAAUACGUCUGAAAAUGGUGACAAAAUUUCAUGUUGCGUGAAGCAUAAUCGUGCAGUUUACAUGGGAUUUUUUAACAAGAACACAGGCUUGUUAAAUAAAGUAAUUCUGAUGUAUUUCUCAUUGCCACAAGCAGCAUAAAAAUCUGCCUUGUAUGCACCAGUUGAAAUUCUUAAGAAAAAUUGUAUAAAAGUUAUUUGGAAAAAGCAGCAUUUAUGGGCUGUUUACAUCCAUUAACGUUUGAUUGGGAACCCAACAAAGUCACGUGAUCCUGUACCCUGAUAUUGCAAUUUGAAGGUUAUAAUAAGUUAUUGAUAUGUUAAUCUAGACAGCGUUAUUUUGUAUAAUUUCAGUAUUGUGUGCUAUGUAUAUUAGGGCCAGCAUGUAUGUCAUAGAAAUUCAGCAUUUAUGUAAUUAUAUUGAAAGGUUGUGAUAUUUUUUAAUUUGUACAAAAGUAUAAGAAUGAAAACGUUAUACUGAGGUAAGGCGUGGGAGGAAUAGCUGGCCGCCUUGAUACGAAUGACAUUCAUAUAAAAACGGCGGAAACUCCGAAACAAAACAAAAUUAUUAAUAAUGUCAAGUAUGACUUUUGGAUCAUCAUACUAUACUAUAGCAAUAAAAGCCAAUUAGCAAGAAAUUAUACAAAUUGGAUCCCGUGUCAUCAAAAAAAUAGUUUUCCUAUGUUUUAUAUUGCGCUUCGAAUAACUUGGGUGUUUUUACUGUUAAAAAACGCAUUUCCGACAAUUUAUAGACAUUGAAAUUGUGUUUGCUCACUCGCAAUUGGUUAUAUAUGUGAAUUGAGUUGUUUAAAGAAUUUCUGUUAAAUAUAUCGAUCGUUGAAUA